AUGUCGGUCCUCCUUCGCCACUAGUCUGAAAAUGGCCGCCACCAGGUACCGUCGCUUUCUCAAGCUGUGUGAAGAAUGGCCGAGAGACGAAUCGAAAAAAGGUCGAGAUUUAGGGACUUUUUUGCGGCAAAAGGUAGCCAGUGCGUUUAGAGAGGGCGAGAACACACAGAUCUCUGACCCAGAAAAAUGUGAUCAAAUGUACGAGAGCCUGGUGCACAUCAACAGCAAUGUUUACAAAGAAAAGUUUCCACGAGCAAAAGACACAAGUUUUACCGGCGUGACGGUGGAAGAGUGUCGGAUGUUAUUAGGAACAGGAAAUAUGCAACAGAUGGAUGAAGAAAAGAAAGGAUUGUGGCAAACACUAAUGCAGAGAUUCUCCUCUAAGCCAGAAGAUGCAUCUGUGGAAAAGCCGGAAAAGUAGACAUUUUGCACUAUAAGCUCCACCCUAGCAUAAUUUCUCUUUCUGUUAUAAAACGUAUUCAGUUUUAUUAAUAUAUUUGUAUUUUGCAUUUUCAUUGUUAUCUGCUGUACAUUUUACAUGAAUAACAAUUAUUACAUUAUUAUUAUUAUUAUUAUUGACAUUACCUUAUGUCCAUAACUUGUGAACAAUAAAAGAUGCAGUGUAUUCAGUA